AUGGUCGGGAGGCACAUACGUAGGGCCGUGUACGUCGCCUGCGUCGCCUCCGUGGCGGCGACUAGUGCUGACGCGGCCUUUCAGGGCACCACCACAUCGUCGAACAUUUUUGGCACUCCGUUCCCUGAUCCACUGCAGUUCUUCGUGCGAGCUAACCCCUUCCUGUCGCCGACUUCCAUUGCUGAUUCUUUCGGAUUCCUCUCUCGGGCCAGCCCGAGCGACAUGUUCCGAGCCCUGACAGAGAACUACAGGAUAGCAGCGGCCAUGCCGGAGCAAUUUGUCCGUGCGGCAGCGGAUGCAGCGACGUUGCUGACGAUGCAGCAACAGGACCAAGUUCAGGGAAGAGAGCAGUCUGCUGGUACACCUGAAAAUCCUUCGUUUGCUGCAACCCCCUCUCGCGGGUUCUUCAUCCCUGGAAUGCCGUUCUAUCCGGCGAACUGGAUGCCAGCUAAAUCAAUGUUUCCGCUCGCCGAAAACCCUAACGACUGGUUCAAUAACUUCCUGUUUGUUUUAUGGGCUGCCAACCACCCAGCUGAAACGGCACACUAUUUGAAGCUGGCGAAGAUGAGCAAAUAUCAAGGGUGGGACCACGCUCAUGACGAGUCCUUUUCACAUUCUGGAUCUUCGGAGAGUGCCAGUUACGAGGGACAGUACACGCGGCACCAGAAGACGCCUCAGCCUGCAACACACUGA